AUGCCUUUCCUAGUAUACUUUGCCCCAACACUACUAUGCGGCUCGUUGGUGACCGCCGCCGUGCUCAUCCCGCUCAUUGUGGCCGCAAACCUUGUUCGCCGGCUCGUCUCCGAUGCUGGCAUUCCGGCUCACCUGCCGUGGGCGGGCGUGGGCCCGAACAGCGGCCGUCUCUCACGGGCUCGUGCCAACUUGACCAGCAUCUUCGGUCUGAAAAGGCUGCUGGACCAAGGCUAUACAGAGUACUCCAAAAAGGGUCAAGCAUAUGUGCUGCCGCACAUCCUGACUGGCCCCGAGGUCGUCCUUCCACUCUCACAAGCUCGCUGGCUUGUUGAGCAGCCCGACUCUGUCAUGAGCCAGACUGAGGUCAAUAGGCAAUUUCUGGAGGCAGACCAUACCUUUUUGCACCCAAACAUCGUCCGGGAGCCCGUUCAUCCUCAGGUCAUACAGCGAGAGCUGACCCAUAGGCUGGACAGCUUCGCUGAUGACAUUCUGGAGGAGUUGAACGACUGUUUCAUCGCCAACUGGGGCACCGAUACCGAGAACUGGAAGGAGGUCCACAUAUACGAGACUAUGCUCGACACCAUCUCGAGGCUCUCCACGAGGGUGUUCGUUGGCAAGUCUCUGUGCCAGAACAAGGGGUUCUUGAAGAGUGCACGCAACUUUGAUCGAAAUGUCGUUGUGUCCGCUGCCGGCCUCAACUUACUUCCGGGUUUUCUCAAGCCUCUAUUUGGCCCUAUCCUCACAAUAUACGAUUAUCUCCAGUACAAAACUCUUGCCAAGUUCGUUUUGCCGUCCAUCAGGGAACGCCUCGCUUCGGUGAACGAAAAGGAGAAAUUGCCCCUAUACGAUGACAAGAAGCCGAACGACUACAUCCAAUGGGCCAUCGACCACGCCCAAGCGCACUGGGACCCCACGGAGCUCACAGACACCGUCAUCGCCCGGCGCCUGGCCUGCCUCUGCUUCGCCGCCAUCCAGUCCUCCGUCAUCAGCCUGACAAACACCAUCUUCGACCUGGCCUCCUCCCCGCACUGCGCCGAGUGGCUCGACGCCAUGCGCGACCAGGUCGUCGCCCUCGUCGCCGCCGAGGCCGAGGCUGAGGAGGGGGGAGAGGAGAGGGCGAGGAGCGCGUGGGGCAGCAAGGCCUCGCUGGCGCGCGCGACGCGCGUCGACUCGGCGCUGCGCGAGAGCAUGCGGCUCAACGGCUUCGUGGCCCGCGGCAUCAUGAAGAUGGUCACGGCGCCGGGGGGUUGCGUCCUGCCCGACGGCACGAGCCUGCCGCGGGGCACCAAGGUCGGCGUGCAGGCGUACAGCGUGCACCGCGACGAGGAGAUCUACGGCGAGGCGGAGCGGUACGACGUGUUCCGCUUCGUCAGUCCUUCGUCCUCCUCUUCUCCGUCGUCGUCUUCUUCUUCUGGUGAGGCCUCGCUGAGCCUGAGCGGGAGCGACGAGAGCGACGAAGGGGCUAGUCGUCGCCGGAGAGGUGGACAGGGCAAGAGCAAUAAGGGUCAGCCGCAGGCGCUGGUGUCGACGAGUCUGACCUUUUUGGCGUUCAGCCACGGUCCUAAUGCCUGGUAA